GCUGCAUUCUGGGCUGCUGGUGGUAAGAUGGCGCCCCUCAGCCGGGCGCUGCUCCCCGUCCGUUCUUGGGGCCGCUUUCGCGCCGGCCGGCGGGCGCUCUCCGCCAGCCCGGCCGCCGCAUCGGGGUGGAAGCUGUACGGGGCGCUUUGCCUGCAGCGGCGCCCGGUCCUCGCGCAGCUCCCGAGCCCGGAGGAGGAAGAAAUGGCCGAGCUGACGCAGCAGAUAGAGGUAGAGAAAAGCUUGUAUUCAGACCAUGAACUCAGAUGUUUGGCAGAGGAUGAGCUUCUGCGUCAAAGAAAUAAAGAUAAAUAUGAUUUUGCUGAGAAGAUUGUCCUGGUCCAAGAUAUUGAAGAUAUGUGGGAACAGAAAUUUCAGAAGUUCAGACCUGCCCCACGGAUAACAGAUGCUGACCAAAACAAUGAUAGGACCUCUUUGAACAGAAAGUUGGACCAGAAUUUGCUGCUGCUGGUUAAGCAGAAAUUUGAGGAUGAAGAUAUAUGGCUGUUGCCCCAGACAGAAUGGCAACAUGGAGAGACUUUGCGAGACACAGUAGAGCGGGUCUUGGUUACCCUCCCAGGAAUCCAGAUGCAGGCCAAGUUCCUAGGAAAUGCACCCUGCGGCUUUUACAAGUUCAAAUUCCCCAGGGCAAUCCGCACAGAGAGCAACACUGGAGGAAAGGUGUUCUUCUUCAAAGCCUUCUUGGAGGGCAGUCCCCAGCUUUCAUCCAAGGAGAAAUUGGACUACUUGUGGGUCAGCAAAGGAGAGCUGGGAGACUACUUGAGACCUGCCUACCAUUCCCAGGUUUCUCGGUUCUUAGUGGAUAUCUGAACACCAGAGCUGUUUUUCCUCUUCUCUCACCAUCAGUGUGGAAAAUAAGGGGAGUGACUUUACUUUGGUGGAGGAGAUGACACCAAGUGUGCUUUGUAUGUGUAGAAACUAUGUUGGGUCCAGGACAAGGAUAAUAAAAUAAAGACUAAAUAAAGAAGCCAAGAAACAGCAA